UUAAGUUAUGAUCAUGGGAUAUUCUUUUCUCUCUUCUUUAGUGGUGCUAAUAUUGAUAUGUUCAGUGUUUUAAUUUGCUACUAUAUUUGCUUUGCAUACUUGAUUUUUAUAUGCUACUUGAGCCGAGGAUUUAUUGGAAAUACCCUCUCUAUCUUCAUAACAACGUAGGGGAUAAGUCUGCACACACACCACCCUCCCGCAGACUCCACUUGUGGGGAUUACAUUGGCCAGUCCCCAAGGGGUAAUUACUGCUCAAUGCAGCUGGUAUUUAAUUGAAAGAGUCCAUUUGGAAUAUAUGGAUAAGUCAAAGGAGGAAGUAGAGGCAAAUGAUGUAGCUGCGAAUGUGGUAUCUAGAAUGAGGGAGAGUGAUAUUUCUGGUGAACCAUCAACAGGAAAGUGUACAUCUACCAGUCAUGAGUUGCCGGAGGGAUCAACUUCUGCCAGUUCAGGGAUGUUGGAGAAUGAUGGCAUGAACAAAAAUGUAAUGUCCAUGAAGGAUCCUCAGCCCCACGGUUCAAGCUCUUACUCAUUGAAUAGUUCAAGGCUCGCAAUUGAAAAAUUGUGUAAUCACAAAAUUUCUGAACCAGCUUCUUUUAGAUGCUCCAAUAAUCGAGAAACCAAUCAAAAACCACUAAUUCAGUGGCAAUGUUUCUAUCAGUUGGGGGGUGGCUCUAGAAGUGUGAAGGGGGAUGGCAAUCCUUCAUCCACGGACAAGGCGGUUGGUCAGCAAUUAAGUUCCAAGGAGUUGCCAGGAAUAAAUUUGCUAGCACUGAAAAUGCCGAAGAAUGCAUCCAGCAAAGAUAUCAAAGAAGGCUCUAGUGCGGUAUCUUCCCAAUCAACAGAAGACCAUAACUUAAUCAUCCCAAGCAAUAUAUUACUUCCGGGAAAUAGUCAAUCAAAACUUUUAUCUACAUCUAGCUUUUCUCAGUUUUUUGCUAAUCGGUCUCUUAAAGGAAAAGAUGUUUUACCAAAAGGCUCUGCACUUCAUAAAGAAGUUUAUACUGCCUCUAAUCUGCAGAAUAAGAAUGAGUUUGAGCAAGCUUCCACAAGAAUGUUAUCAUCUGAUGCAUUGUUUAAGCAAGGUGCUAAUUCUAAUCAAGCAUCCUUUACUCGUAGCGAUCACCGAAGACCCACUUCAACUUACAAUGGAGUUAGCUUGAGAGAGUGGUUAAACUCGAUGGGCUCACAGAUAAACAAAACUGAGAGGAUUCACAUAUUCCGGCAGAUAGUGAAGUUAAUCGAUAUUGCGCACUCUGAAGGAAUUGCAUUCCAGGAUAUACGGCCUUCCUGUUUCAUUUUAUUGUCACCUAAUGGUGUUAAAUAUAUUGGUCCAUCUGUCCAGAUAGACUCCAUGUAUGUUGUGAACCUUAAUACUAAUGGAAAAAGGCCAUCCAACAUGGAAAUGCAUGCUAAAAGUAACUUGGGUUCAAAGCAGCAGAAGGUCAACGUGGACUUGAUGAGAAAGCAGCCUGAAUAUGUUUCCAGAUGUGUUGUUAGAGAUAUUUAUAGUGAAACCAAUGCUCAUUCUUGUUCUCAUGAUGAAGGCACAUCAUUUAAGGCAGGGUGUCUACUGGAGUCUGACUUUGAUCAAUUAGAAAAGAAGUGGUACACUUGUCCUGAAGAACUCAAUCACGAAAGCCUAGCAUCAUCUAAUAUCUACAGUCUCGGGGUUCUUUUCUUUGAGCUGCUCUGCUGUUUUGAAUCACCAGCGGCACAUUCCACAGCAAUGUUGAAUCUGCAAAGUCGCAUUUUGCCUUCAAAUUUCCUUUCUCAAAAUCCCAAGGAAGUUGGCUUUUGCUUUUUGCUUCUUCAUCCUGUACCUUCUUCUCGUCCUACAACAAGGGAAAUCUUGCAGUCUGAAUUAAUUUUUGGAGCUGAAGAAGUAUGCAAAAUAGAUGGUGUCCCAUCAUUUAUUGAGAAGGAUGAUGACCCUGAUUCAGACGUCUUGCUCUAUUUCCUAGUUUCACUGCAGGAGGAAAAGCAGAAUAAUACCUCCAAGUUAUUACAAAGAAUAGAGUGCCUAGAAGCUGAUAUCAAGGAUGUUAAGAAAAAGGAGGUCCUUAGAAAUUCAGAUUGGUUGGAGACAGACUUCAAUAAUAUGCGGCAAGGAUCCUACUUAAAACAUCUUAAUUCGACUGACUGUAUUUCUAGAUCGUUUUCUAUUACAAAUAUGAGCAAUGAAAAGCUGAUGAAGAAUAUUUCUCAGCUUGAAAGUGCUUACUUCUGCAUGAGGUCCCAAAUUCAACUUGCAGAAAAUGAUACAAUAGGUCGAACAGACACAGAUUUGUUGACAAGUCGUGACAGGUUGUUCGGGGUUUCAACAAAAGCGGCGGAGCCAAUUCUAAAAUCUGUUGAUCAUGUUGGAGCCUUCUUUGAAGGUAUUUGUAAAUAUGCUCGCUACUGCAAGUUUGAGGAAUAUGGGACAUUAAGAAAUGGUGAUCUUCUCAACUCUACAAAUGUGAUCUGCUCCCUCUGUUUUGAUCAUGAAGAGGACUAUAUAGCUGCAGCUGGUGUCUCAAAGAAAAUCAAAAUCUUUGCAUUUGCUUCACUUUUGGAUGAAUCUGCGGAUCUUCAAUAUCCUGUGGCUGAGAUGUCAAACCGAUCUAAGCUUAGCUGUGUUUCGUGGAAUAAAUAUAUGAGGAACUAUUUGGCUUCAACUGACUAUGAUGGCGUAGUCAAGAUGUGGGAUGCAAGCACAGGUCAAGAAUUUUCACAAUAUACAGAGCACCAGAAGAGGGCUUGGUCUGUUGAUUUUUGUCAAGUGGAUCCAACAAAGUUUGCCACUGGAAGUGAUGAUUGUUCUGUAAAAGUGUGGAAUAUUAAUGAGAGGAGUUCUGUGGAUACAAUCUGGAAUCCUGCCAACAUAUGCUGUGUGCAGUUUUCUGCUUACUCCUCUCAUCUGUUGGCUUUCGGAUCUGCUGAUUACAAAAUCUACUGCUAUGAUCUUCGCCAUACUAGGAUUCCGUGGUGCACAUUAUCUGGACAUGAGAAGGCAGUUAGCUAUGUAAAAUUCUUAGAUUAUGGUACCCUGGUUUCUGCAUCCACAGAUAACACGCUAAAGCUAUGGGACCUAAAGAGAACAAGUUUGGAAGGAUUGUCCUCAAAUGCCUGCAGCUUGACUUUCAAGGGACACACCAAUGAAAAGAACUUUGUGGGAUUAUCAGUUUUAGAUGGGUACAUUGCAUGUGGUUCUGAAUCUAAUGAGGUAUAUGCUUAUCAUAGAUCUCUACCAAUGCCAAUUACCUCUUAUAAAUUUGGAACUGUUGAUCCUAGCUCUGGCAAUGACGGUGAGUCUAAUGGGCAAUUUGUUUCAAGUGUUUGCUGGAGAAGAAAAUCUAAUAUGGUUGUUUCGGCAAACUCAACUGGAUGUGUAAAGCUGUUACGUUUGGUGUGAAUUAAAGCUCAUCAUCCUUAUCUUCUGAAUUUGUACCAUGCUGGCAGAUGUGUUUUCCACACCUAGAUUCAGACGGAAUUAAGAAAAAUUAAGGCACUUUAGGUAUAUUCUAAAAUAAGUUGUUAAGAUUUGUAGUUCCUUUGACAUGUUACUAAAUUGGUCCAAAGCACAGAAGUUUCUUUCUAUGAACACAAUGUUUUCAACAUUUCGGGAUUGAUAAAUCUGGAUGUCGAACAUUGAAGCUGAAUUUGUAGUCAAUAGUCACGGAUAAAUGGAAUGGACUUCAGAAUAGGAGACAACACUAAUGUACUCCUCGCCUGUCUCGAGAGUUCUUCUGGAUAAAUAGAAAUGGAGAUGAAGCGGUAGUUGUGGCCUCCUUCACUGCUUCUUUUGCAAAAAAUGACAUCAGCAAAUUUGAGAAACCAGUUAGAGAGUAUGCUUUGCAUGAUUGGAUUUGCCAAGCUGAGAUCGUCUCUUGCUCCAUAGUAUGGGUAGACAUAUUCCACUUCUUUUCAGUUGGUAAUCUAAGUGGGUUAUCUGCCGUUCCACAGGCUAAAGCAGCAUCACAUGCCACGUACUGAUUCAGAAUUUGUCUCCGUGACUUAUGUUACUUCAUUCUUUCUCAGUCACCUUGUGAGCGAACAUUUGGAGAAGUAUGUGCGACUGGUAAAGCAUCAGAACAGAAUUUCCAGGGAAGAAAAGCUCUGUAAUAUCCCAGCCUUGAUUUCACUGGUACUCAAACUGGCAGUAAUGGCGAAUCCAUUUGGCUGUGCUCUGAGUUUAUCACUAACAACCUCUUUACAUAGCCGAAAAUCCUGCAGAUGGAUGAGAAACCUGUCUAUUGAUUGGAUCAUUGUGUCAAGACGACUCUGUCAAGCUUGUCACAUACUUUGGUGGGUCCUGUCAUGUUUCGCCACAUCUCUCUUGAUUGUCUUCAAAAGCAACUCUCCCUGUUAAAACCUCAAAGCAUAUCAUCCGCGAACUGUGCGCCACUUCUUAGGAAACUUGAUACACUUCGUUCCUCGAUCAUCUUUGAGUGGAAAUAUUCCAUGCUUCUUGCAAUCUGGAAGCAGUAGAUCAACUCCAGUAGGAAUCAGCACAUGAAUUACUGGAAAAACAGUUAGAAAAACAACUUAGUCAUGCAUGCCAUGUUAGCUGCUUGUCUGCUCUUCCUAGUUAUUAAAUUCGAUAAGUUGUCGAUAUAUUGCUUAGGCUUAAAUGUUGGGAACCUGAGUGUAGUGCAACUGUUGCUGUUGUCUGAUUGAUAUCUCAGUCAAAUUUACUUCAUUGGCAACAUUUGAAGUGUUGGUCCUCAUUUAGUUAUUGCUAUUUCCAAUGUUGUAGCUAUUUUUUAGCUUCUGUAAUUGAAAAAUUGUCAAUGUCCAAGAAUUUCAAAUUGUUUUGGAGUUCCAGAAUUUGUGGAAUUAACAACUGUAUGAGUGACUAUUUCUUGAAGACAGAGCCGAAAAGUGUUCAGUGAGUGCUAUUUCUA